AUGGCCGACGCCGCCCUCCCAUAUGAAGAGCCCGGCAUCGUGGCCAUCCUGGCGCAGGCUUCCUUCCUGCUAGCAUUGAACGUCGUCCAUUCAGUGCUCGACCAUGUCGUCUACUGUGGCCUCGUGGGUCAAGUGCUCAUCGGCAUGGCGUGGGGAGCCCCUGGAGCGAAAAUGCUCUCGCGCCAGUUUGAACAAGUGGCCACGCAGCUGGGCUACCUGGGCUUGAUUGCCAUUGUCUUCGAAGGCGGUCUCGCGACGUCGGCCAGAUCCAUCCAAGCAACACUCGUCCUGUCCAUCUGCGUCGCUUUGACCGGCAUCGUCCUGCCCAUAGCGUUUUCCUUCUCGCUCGGGGCCCUUGCCCAUGCCAACCACUUGCAGUCGUUUGCCGCCGGGGCGGCGCUAUGCUCGACGAGCCUGGGCACCACCUUCAGCAUAUUGAAAGCCACUGGCCUGACCGGCAGUCGGCUGGGUACCGUGUUGACCAGUGCAGCAAUGCUCGAUGACGUCGUCGGCCUGGUCAUGGUCCAGGUCAUCUCUAAUCUGGGACCAGGAUCUAGAUCUGGACCUGCAUCGGGCCACACAUCCGUCCAGGCCACUACGGUCGUCCGCCCUGUUUUGGUUUCUGUUGGGUUCGCAGUCAUCCUGCCACUAGCUUGCAGGCUCUUGGUCCGACCCAUCUUGAGAUAUCGACGUUCCAAUGUGCGGAUCAACAUGCGGAAAGUGUCGACUGGUGCAGAUAGCUUGGUGUCAGCAUCGGCUGUGUAUUUUCUUCUCGCCACCGCUCUGCUCGUCGCUCUGGUCUGCGCUGCCAGCUAUGCGGGCACGUCUCCUCUCUUUGCCGCAUAUCUCGCCGGAGCCUGUGUCGCUUGGCUCGACGAUAGGAUUGCGUCGACCAGAACGGCCAAUUCGACCCGUGGAUCUUCAAAUGCGUCUGUUGUCAUUGAUGGAAAUACGAGACCUAUGCCGGCCCAGUCCUCUCGUCCUGGCAUGUCACUGAAGAACAAGGAUGACAGUGGAAUUGACCAAGCAUCGGCCCAACGAACACACGAGGAUGAGAUCACUUCUACGGAACAAAUCACUUCUGCCUACGAGAUCACUUCUACAGACCAAAUCACUCCUGCGCGUUCAUCAUAUCCACCAACACCUCCUCCGGAAAAAGGCACAAUCGGCGAUGAUACGGAAACGUCAACGCCAGAAAUGGAAAGCCGCAGCUUGAGCAUGUACAAGACGUAUUAUGGCCCUGCCACAGAACGGAUUCUGAAACCGUUUUUUUUUGCAUCCAUCGGCUUCUCCAUCCCUAUCGGCAAAAUGUUCCGAGGCUCCAUCGUCUGGCGCGGCUUUGUUUACGCAGCCUUGAUGGCUGUCGGCAAGCUCUUUUGUGGAUUCAGUAGCAGGGACGGCAGCGACAUCAUCGUCAUCACCAGUAUUAUCACCAUCACUAGCAGCAGUAGGAACGGCAGCGACAUCAUCACCACCACCAUCAACGUUACCACCAACAGCAGGAACGGUAGCAACAUCAUCACCACCACUAUCAACGUCACCACAACCACCACCAUCAUCACCACCAGCGACCAAUGA